AUGGCCGCUCCUCGUUCCACUUCCCUGCGUGCUCUGCGCCAGAUCUCCAACCAGCACUCCGCUGCUCCUAUCGCCCGUCGUGGCCUUCACAUCACCGGCGUCCAGUCUGCCCAGCCGGUCGGUUCUGCCGACAAGGAGCGUAUCUCCAACCAUGACGUCCUUCAGUCCCGAGCAUUCGCAAUGGCCAUGCGCCGCAUCAACAGCAACGCUUUCUCUGACUCCUCCCGUCAAUUCAACACCUCCCGCGCCUCCAAAGCUAACGGUGAUGCGUCCACCGUUGACUUCGUCUACAUGCCCUCCAUGGCCGAUCUUGAAGCGGGCUCUUUCCGACUCUCUUCACCCCGUGUCCCGGUCCUUCCCGACCUGUCUUCUCACCAAGCAUCUCAGUCCACAUCCGCCCCACCCAUGAAGCCCCAGAUCUACACUGUCGCCGGUGCCGGCGCUGACGUCUCAGCCAGCGCUAUGAGUGAGGUCGUCGAUAAUCACGCUGUGGACUUGGAUCCGUUCUCACUGACUGAGGCCGUUGACCGCUCAAGAACUGGCGAGAUACUGCAGCGUCAGGCUAACGGCUCUGGCGCUGGUCAGCCUGGCGUUGUUAAGGAGUUGUGGGCUGGGUUCUUGGAUGAUGUCCUUGGUCCUAAACAGUCUACUGUCAGGAACUAG